AUGGACAGCCUCCUGAUGAAGCAGAGGAAGUUUCUUUACCAUUUCAAAAACGUCCGCUGGGCUAAGGGUCGCCAUGAGACCUACCUGUGCUACGUAGUGAAGCGGAGAGAUAGCGCCACCUCCUUCUCACUGGACUUCGGUCACCUUCGAAACAAGCUGUCUUCCAACUCAUUUCUCCCUCCUCUCAUCCACAGCCUCCUGAUGAAGCAGAGGAAGUUUCUUUACCAUUUCAAAAACGUCCGCUGGGCUAAGGGUCGCCAUGAGACCUACCUGUGCUACGUAGUGAAGCGGAGAGAUAGCGCCACCUCCUUCUCACUGGACUUCGGUCACCUUCGAAACAAGUCCGGGUGCCACGUGGAAUUGCUCUUCCUGCGCUACAUCUCCAACUGGGACCUGGACCCUGGCCGGUGCUACCGCGUCACUUGGUUCACCUCUUGGAGCCCCUGCUAUGACUGUGCCCGGCACGUGGCCAAUUUUCUGAAAGGGAACCCCAACCUCAGUCUGAGGAUCUUCACCGCGCGCCUCUACUUCUGCGAGGACCACAAGGCUGAGCCCGAGGGGCUGCGGCGGCUGCACCGCGCGGGGGUCCAGAUCGCCAUCAUGACCUUCAAAGAUUAUUUUUAUUGCUGGAAUACUUUUGUGGAAAAUCGGGAAAGAACUUUCAAAGCCUGGGAGGGGCUGCAUGAAAAUUCCAUCCGUCUGUCCAGACAGCUUCGACGCAUCCUUUUGCCCCUGUAUGAGGUUGAUGACUUACGAGAUGCAUUUCGUACGUUGGGACUUUGAUACCAACUUCCAAGAAUGUCACAUACAAUGAAAUACCUCUGAAGAUAGUGGGUACAAGGCCAGUCCUUCAAGAAUUCUGUUUUUCUUCAACUCUCACUUUCUUAGAGUUUAGAGAAAAAUACUCAUAUGUAUGACUUACAAAAAAAACGUCUUGAAAAUGGAGAAGGAACGGGGCCCACCGAGGGGAUGAUGCAAUAGGUGCAGUUUUUAACGCAACAGCGUCCCCUGCUGGGCAACGACAGGACUGCGGGGCCUGGGAGCGAGAGCAUCCAUAGGACUUCUAGGCCGCGGGGAACGCAGACGUAAACCCUUAAAAGCAUGCUGAGGUCCGAAUGUGUUUAUAACCAGUAUCCUUUAUCAUUUUAUUCACUCUGAGUUAUCAGUGGUAUUACUGAUAGACUUUUCUACUCUUUUCCUUUGGGGUUCCCUUCCAAGUGAACAAACUUCCACCCGGCCAUGAUCGACAGAACCUAAUGAGAGAAUCUGGGUGAUUGUAACCCCCAACUAUCUCUUCAAAGCAUUAAUCCAAGCAUAUGCUGUAUGUUUUAAUUGUCUGCGGCAUGUUUUCAUGUUUGUAUAUAAGAGGAUUUCUUCUGGAUACGAAAUAUGUGUGGUCACCUUCAGGCUAUUUUAGAACAGGAUCUUAAAAUGAAUAUGAGGACUGUGAAUUAGACACUCAAAAAGUGAGUUGACUCCUAGACUAAAAUCUGGAAACAUUCUUUUUAAAGUCCUUGAUUUAGAAACCACAGCCUCAGAUGUCCUAUAUUAGUAAAGGCUUAGAAGGGAGAUGCUUGGAUGUUGAGAAGAGAAAAAAAAAAUCUAUUCUCUCAGAGGGUCUUUUAACCUCAACAGUGUGGAACAGGUCAAGACUUUCUACCUUUUGUAUAUAUGUGACACCCCUCUCAGUAAAUGUUCACUGUAUAAGAGUGUGACAGAAGAGAAUAAUAUUUGGGAGGAAAGGAUGGCAGAGCAUUGCAAGGAAAUAGUAUUUUUUAUCCAGCAAGAUGUAAGGAGUCAACAUGGCAGAAGAGCAUUUAUUUGUCCCUACAACUGUCCUCGACUGUGAGAAUAUUCAGAAUAAUCCUAUCACUGCGCAGCUGUUACUUAGCAACCCUUGCAAUGCGGAUAAACAGAUCCCUUGGGACAAGUUGAAUGCCAUGCACAAUUGUACUGUUUUAACCUUACUGUACAUAAGUUUGUGAAUGAGUUAAGUAUGGGUGCUGGGACCAGUGAAUAGAAGAAUAGUCUUUCAACAAAUUGUGCUGGAUGACUGGACAUCCAUAUACAAAAGAACAAAUUUGGGCCUCUACCACAUACAAUAGGCAAAUGUGAACUCAAAUUUUAUCAAAUGACUAAGUGUAAGAACUUAAACUAUAAAACCCAUAGAAGGAAACAGGUGGAAACCUUCAUGACCUUGGAUAUGACAACAGUCUCUUAAAUAUAACACCAAAAGCACAAGCAACAAAAGAAAAAACAAAUCAAGAAAUUAGAAUUCAAAACUGGAAACUUUUGUGCAUUAAAGGACAACAGUAAUAAAAUGAAAAGACAGCUCACAGAAUGGGAGACAAUAUUUACAAAUAAUAUAUCUGAUAAGAGGCUAAUAUCCAGAAUAUACAAAGAACUCUUAUAACUCAUCACAAAAGACAACCUAAUCUAAAAAUGGCCAAAAAACUUGAAUAGACAUUUCUCCAAAGAAGGUUUACAAAUGGCUAAUAAGCGCAUGGCAAGAUGCUCAACAUCCUUAGUCAUUAGGGAAAGCAAAUCAAAACCCCAGUGAGGUAUCACUCAUACCUACUAGGAUGACUCUAAACUAAAAAAAAUAGUUAACAAUUACUGGUAAGGAUGUGGAGAAGUUGUAACUUUCAUAUACUGGUUGGUGGAAAUAUAAAAUUGUGCAGCUGCUAUGAAAAAAUUUGGUGGUUCCUCAAAAGUUCAACCCAGGAUAACUAUCAUCUAGCAAUUCCACACUUAGGUCUAUACCCACGAGAAUUAAAAACACAUUAAAACAAAAACAUGUAUGCAGAUAUUCAUAAUAGCCCCAAAAUGGAAACCCCCAUCAAUUGAUAAAUGGAUAUAUAUCCAUGCAGUGGUAUUUUAUUCUGUCAUAAAGAGGAAUGAAAUAUUAAUGGAUAUAUAUCCAUGCAGUGGUAUUUUAUUCUAUCAUAAAGAGGAAUGAAGUAUUAAUACCUACUACAAAUGAAUGAACCUUGAAAAUAUUGUGCUAAAUCAAAGAAGCCAGACACAAGAUGCCAUGUAAGAUAUGAUUCCAUUUAUAUGAAAUGUCCAGAUUAGGUAAAUCCAUACAUACAAAAAGAUUAAUGAUUGUAGGGGCUAGAGGGAGAAGGGAAAUGUAAGUAACUUAGUGGGUAUGAAGUUUCUUUCUGAGGUAAUGAAAACUGGAAAUUUAGUAGCGGUGAUGGUUGCAAAACAUUGUGACUGUACUAAAAAAAAAACACUGUAUACUUUAAAAUGGUUAAAAUUUUCAUUUAUGUGUAAAUUUAUCAAUGAAUUUAUGAAUAUGAAUUUUAUGUUAUGUGAGUUUUGUCUCAGUUUUUUAAAAAGUCCAUGUGACUUUGGAGGCAAAACUGAAUCUGAGUUCUGGUUCCAUGUGACAGUGGGCAAGGUAUUUAACCUCAGCCUUAAUUUCCAAUCUGUAAAAUAGAUAUGAUAAUGUUAACUUUUCUCAUAUUUUGGUAAGUGUUAAAUUAGAAGAUAACACAAAACUGGUAUUUCUUAGUGCACAUCAUCGAUCAUUGCCAUCUUUUCUGUUUGAAAGACAAAAUCUAGAAAUCACUCCUGACAACCCCCUCUGCCCACAAAUUCAGUCCUAUAGACUUUGUGUGCUAAAAAUCUCUUGAAUUCCUUUACUUUCAUGCAUCUCCUCUACUAGCUCCUGAAAGAAGACAACAGCAAAAAACAAAACUGACCUGGCACUCACAACCAGGCCAUAUUAUUUUCCUGUUGGAUAUAAAAUCUCAUAUUAUACCAGCUUUAGUCUAGGACCUGAUCAAGAGAGAAAGCAAAGCCACUUCAUAAUUUGUCUGAGGCCCGCACAAAAUACCAGCCAUCCACUCUACUGGCUGAAAGGAAUGACUGCUGCCUCUUCACCAGUUAUGGAUUUGUCCUUGUUCUAGUCAGCCUUCCCUAAGGACUUAGAGACACCUGCAAUAUAAUGAGUUGUAAGAAAUACAUAUUUGGUCAUUCAGAUGACCAAAUAUGUAUUUCCCAGUUAUAUGUGGUCUCCAUUCACAGUUCUGAAAAUGAAAUGGGUGUCUUGUUAUGUUAAUGAUGAUGUGCACUAAGAAACACCCCACCCAAGGGCGGGUGCUUCUCUGUGGGAGAGAGAGAGAGAUAAGCUCCUCCCAGGGGUUCUUUUGUGGGCUUCACUGCACAGUCAUGAUUGACUAAGCCGUAGGUUGUUGGCUGAUUCAACUUCCAGCCCCACCCCCAUCUCCCGAACCUCUGCCCUUGGGUGGGUCCGAAAGCCUUCAUUAACAUGACAAGACUCCAGUUUACCUUUAAGGCUCUGGAGUACUUUCUGGGACUGUGGACAAAAGACCAAAUAUACCUGGGAAAUAUUUGACCAAAUAUGUACUUCUUAUAACUCAUAAUAUCAUAACACCCAUUCAUAGAAUUGACCCCACUCCUUCACAACAACCAGUCUAAAGUAAAUCCCCAUUUUCUGGACCAUCUCCAAAUCACCAAAGUCCAAAUUCUAUAACUGAAUUUACAACCAUGAAGUGUCUUGGUAAAAGAGACACCCUCUUCCUGAGACACUUGUGGCUCUUGGGCCCCUGUGAUGCAUGUUCUCACUGCAUAAGUAAAACCCACUGGUUCAAGUACAGUGGUGUUCCUUGCAGUCUUUAGCUUGAGGCCAUUGACCCACCUUAGUUGGUGCUAUCAGCAUCCCAGUCUAUUGCAAUAGUUACAGUAUUCACUAAUUCCUACUACAUUUUACUGAUAAUUAUGCCAUAGCAGUAGUGAUAAGGUUGUUUUCUGUUUUUUUAAUUAUUAUUAUUAAGGUACCGUUGAUAUAUAAUCUU